AUGGAAAUAAGAGCCCAUUUUGAGAAAACCAUGGCAAAACCAAUGAAAAAAUGCAGUGUUUAUUCUCCUAUAUCUACAGUAUCUUCUCUUCUAGCAAGUUGCAGCUUGAACAGCAGUAAUUCCUCUAACUCUGGUGACUCUAUAAAAUAUAAAGACAAGCUUUACACCUCUGCUUCUCAGGCAUUACAGGCCUACAUUGAUGAUUUUGAGCUAAAUUGUAUAUCUCAUGAUAAAAGUAUUAGCAAGUUUAACCUUGGUCCGAAUUCCAAGUUCUCCAGAUUUCUUUCUAAACCCCCAAAUGGUUUUCAAGACUUCGACUACAAAAGAUCAAAAUCAUCUUGUAAAAACCAGAUGAUUAGUGACAUAGACUCUAUUAGCCUAACAACUGAUGAUCUAGUACAUUUUCCACCAGAUGGAUCACUGCCUAUUGAUACUUAUAUUGGAUCACUACAUCAAAAUAGCAAACAGGACAGAAAACUUCCUAAAAAAACUUCAUCAGAAAAUGAAAGGAAUCCUAGUUUUCCAGAUCCUUGCAAUCCUGUGGGAAAUAAGGACUUGUUUACUCCUAUUCUAUUCUCAGAUACCAAUGAAAAACAUUGUGGUGUGAUAAAAAAUACUUCAAAUAAACAUUGCAAAUAUGUUUCUGCAUCAUCAGAAUAUUCUUCAGGGAUGCCUUCUCCCAAAGAAAAUUCAAAGCAUCAUACUAGAAAAAAUUACCCAAGAUGGCUUACUAGCCAGAAGUCUGACCUUAAUGUGUCAGGGAUAACUAGUAUUCCUGAUUACAGUUAUCCACUUUGGCUACACGAUCAAGAUCUGUUACCUGAUUCCUCAAGUCAAAGUAGUUCUCAGAUGCAAAAAAAAGAACAACACAAUUAUAUGGAGAAAAGGAAAACUCAGUUUUCUCCUGAAUUGGAUUGUUACGAACGUUCACACUGUAGCAUUUCAGACUCCAGGAGUGACAAAGUAUUAGUUAAUUGUAAACACAGUUGUGAACUUGGUCAGUUUCAGUAUGAGAGUAUGCCUUUCUCAGAGCAAUCCAAAAAGCCAUUCAGUGAUGACAAAAUUGAAUUGCUUAUCCUGAAGGCCAAGAGAACUCUAGAGCAUUCCUCUGAAGGAUUAUCAAGUACCAUGAAAAAUGAUGUCAGUCCCUGUUCGCUAGAUAAACUAGAAGCAGAAAGAUCAUGGGAAAAUACUUCAGUUACUUUUAAAUCACCUGUGCCUGUGGAUUGUGGUGAAAGACCUCAACAAGUCAUAAAAGUGAAACGUGUUCAUGAGUUCCUUGAGGAUUGUUUAAAUAAGGAUAAUCCUAGAAGCACGCUGUCUGGAGGUAAACAUCAUGGUCCAGUUGAAGCUCUGAAACAAAUGUUGUUUAACCUUCAAGCAGUGCAAGAAAGUUUUAAUCGGUAUACAUAUGCUGAGCAAGAUGAAGAGAUUAAACAAUGUCCAGAGGAUGAAGGUUCUGCAAAAGAAGAUGUAAUUCCUAUUACUAAAUCUCUUGAAAAGGCUUUGCACCAUUUGUCCCGUCUGAGAGAACUAGUUGAAGAUACCCAUGGCAAAUCAAACCUAAUACAAUCACGGAAAAAUGAAGAGAGAAAAAACUGUCUAACCAACAAAAAUUGAGAUUCCUUUUUAAAUGCUCACAAAUGGGCUAAAAUGGAUUUUUUUGUUAUUUCAGAGGUAAUUACCAUAAAUUGUCCUGCUCUCUUAAAAUGACAUUGUUUUGCACCCUAACUUCAUUGCAUACCCAAAUAAUAGAAUUGGAGAUUUAUCAUAAAGCCUAACCUACCUGUUUUCAGGCUAGUAAAUGUUUAA